UUUACAUUUUUUAUUAUCUCCAUUUAUCUUGUUAUUUAUCAUUUAUUUAACUACCAGUAAAAGGACGGCAGCUCCCAAAAAGGCAUUCUUGGUGAGAAAUUCACAUAAAACUACACGUCUUGGUGGGUUUGUACAAGUCAUUUACAUAUAUUUGUAGGCCUAACUUUGGUUCGGAAAUCAAAUAGAAAAGACAUUGGAUUCGAACAUUGUGAGUUUCAGAAAAGCAAGAAAAUUAUGGUACGUGGUAGUGGUAUUCGUCCCCUGUGAUAUUGAAGCUACCAUAGAACCACCACCUUCAACCUCCAGGCUCCAAUCAUCAAAAAAUGACUUCAAUGACUUCCACUCACCGGUGGGAGUAUGAUGUCUUCUUGAGCUUCAAAGGUGAAGAUACCCGCUACGGUUUUACGGGCCAUUUAUAUAGAACUUUGCGUGACAAAGACAUUUACACCUUCAUGGAUGAUAAACUUCAGAGGGGAGAAAAAAUUUCAGAGGAACUUCUCAAAACCAUCAAAAGGUCAAUGAUUUCGAUUAUUGUGUUCUCUGAAAAUUAUGCAUCUUCCAAAUGGUGUUUGGACGAACUUGUUUGGAUUCUUGAGUGUAGGAAAAAUCUUAACCAAUUGGUUUUACCAAUUUUUUAUGGAAUAGAUCCAUCAGAAGUACGUAACCAAGAGGGAAAGUUUGGGGUAGAAUUGGCUGAACAUGAAAAAAAUUUCAAGGAUAAUAUUGGCAAGGUGCAGAUUUGGAGGGCAGCUUUAAAAGAAGUUGGCAAUUUGUCUGGAUUCCAUUACAAUAAUGAUUGUCUUGAAUCUAAAUUUAUCCAGGGACUUAUCAAACGGAUAUCAAGUACAACAUUAAACCGCACACGAUUAUUUGUUGCUAAAUACCCAAUUGGAGUAGACUCUCGUGCAACAAAAAUAGAAAAGCUUUUAAAAAUGGAUUCAAAUGAUAUUCGAAUGGUGGCGAUCCAUGGCCUUGGGGGAAUAGGUAAGACUACAAUCGCAAAAGCUGUAUAUAACAAAAUUGUUGAUGGCUUUGAAGGAAGCUCCUUUCUAGAGAAUAUUAAAGAAAGGUCUGGCACAAAUGAUGGCAUAAUUCAACUACAAGAGAUACUUCUUUCUAAGAUCUUAAGGGAUGAUAAUUUAAAAGUGGACAGCAUUUCUAGAGGAAUCAAUGUGAUAAUGGAAAGACUUUGCCAUAAAAGAGUUCUUUUAGUUCUCGAUGAUGUGGAUGAACAGAAGCAAAUAGAAAAUUUGCUUGGAAAAUGUGAUUGGUUAGCUCCAGGAAGUAGAAUCCUUAUAACCACGAGAGAUAAACAUGUGUUAACCACUCUCGAAAUAGAUUCUCUAAUUUAUAAGGUUGAUGAAAUGGACCGAUAUGAAGCUUGUGAACUUUUUAGUUUGUAUGCUUUCCAAACAAAUGAACCUAAGGAAUCUUACUUGCAACUUACCCAGCAGUUUAUCAAUUAUGCCAAUGGCCUUCCACUAGCUUUAAAAAUAAUAGGUUCUGAUUUGCGCAGUAAAAGUAUAUGUGAAUGGGACAGUGCAUUAGAGAAGUAUAAAAAGAUUCCCAACAAGGAAAUUCUAAAAAUACUCAAAAUCAGUUAUGAAGGAUUGGACCAAAGUGAAAAGGAUAUUUUCCUUGAUAUUGCAUUUUUCUUCAUGGGGAAAAACAAAGAUUAUGUUGUAAAUAUAUUAGAGGCAUGUCAUUUAUUUCCAAUUUAUGGCAUUCCAAAACUUAUUGACAAGUGUUUGAUAACUAUUGAGUGGGGCAAUUUAUCAAUGCAUAACUUGCUACAACAAAUGGGAGAGGAAAUUGUUCAACAAGAAUCACCACAAGCUCUUGGAAAACGUACUAGGCUACGGGAUUAUGUGGAUGCUUGUACUAUACUAACUGGAAAUACGGGAACGAAUAAAAUUCGAGGCAUAAUGUUGUACUCGCCUAAACCUAUAACAUUGGAACUUCAUGCUCAAGCUUUCAGAAGGAUGAGAAAUAUUAAGUUUCUUAUACUUAAUAAUGUACAUAUUGAUGGAUGUUUGGAAUAUUUCCCCAACAGUUUAGUGUUGCUAGAUUUGUAUAAUUGUUCCUUUUCCUUGCCAUCCAAUGGUUAUCCUCAACAGCUUGUCUACUUCAACAUGCCAUAUAGUAAUAUUAGAAUACAUGAGCUAUUCAAGCAGGUAUGAUUUUUAGUUUUCUUAAUAAUGAUUUAUUUCUAAAGUUAAUUUUAAAGCUUGUUGAAGAUAAAUGUUGUUUCCUUCUACAGUUUUUGCCUGCUAAAAAUUUGAAAGGAAUCAAUCUCAGAGGUUGUGAAUCCAUCCAGAAACUACCUGAGUUGCCAGUUCCAAAUUUAGAGAUAUUAGACCUUUCUAAAUGUAUAAAUUUAGUUGAGAUUCAUGAGUCUGUUGGAUUUCUUGAUAAGCUUGAAACUUUGGAUCUUUCUGGUUGCCAAAAACUUCAAGCUCUUCCUAGAAGACUUAUGUUCAAAUCUCUUGAAUAUUUUUAUCUCAACUCCUGUGAAUCCAUUCAAGAAUUACCUGAGUUGUGUGCCCCAAAUUUAAAGGAAUUAGACCUUUCUUAUUGUAAAAAUUUAGUUAAGGUUCAUGAGUCUGUUGGACUUCUUGAUAAACUUGAAAUUUGGGAACUCAUUGAUUGUGGAAAACUUCAAACUCUUCCAAGAAGACUUGUGUUGAAAUCUCUUCAAGAUUUUGAUCUUAGUGGCUGCACAAGCCUUGAGAACUUUCCUAAUAUUGAUUCAGAAAUGAAAUGCUUAAAGUCUCUAUAUUUGUGUGGGAGUGGUACUAGAGAGUUUCCCUCCUCAAGAUGCACAAGCCUUGAGAGGAAACUUCUAGAUAGCAUCUAUAAAUUCCAAAAACUGCUAGAGGAAUUAAGUGUUUCUACUAACCUACCAAGACCAACUUGCAAUUCUUUUGAUGGUUGUGUCGGAUAUUCCUUUCUACAGUUAAAAUAUCUUACUCUCUUUGGUGAAAAUAUAUCUGAAUUAGAUGUUCUAGAGUUCGAUUACUUUCCCGCAUUGAGAUAUCUAACUCUAAAAAACACCAAUACUGUUACCAUCCCCGAAAGCAUUAUCAAAUUUACUACAUUAACGGAUCUUGAUAUAUUUGAUUGCAAGCACUUUGAGGAAAUUCAAGGACUUCCACAGUCUUUAAAUUAUUUGGAGACUAGAAAUUGCUCAUUGUGGAAUCCACAAUCAUCAAACAAAAUAUUGAGUCAGGUCAUUGCUAAAAAAAUUGCUAAAUGGAAGCAAGUGAGAAAAAGUCAAGGCAUUUUAGCAGAUAGAGUACAUGAAGGAGAGAGAAAUCCACUGCCCUCUACCGAAUUUUUGCAUCCACUUCACCGCUCAAUUAAUGAAGUCUUUAAUUGGGGAUAUGGUUCCUUUCUAGCACCAGGGAGUGAGAUUCCAGUUGAGUUCAACCACCAAAGUGAUGGAAAUUCCAUUUCAUUCAUGGUUGGUCGGAAUUGGAGAUUUCCAUAUCCUUUUGCUGUCUGUGUUGCCCUUGGACCGACAAAUCGAUAUUGUGAUUGUUUAGUUGAAGCUGACGACAAUGGCUUCCAAAUUCACAAUGAUAGUGUCUUCUUAGAAAAAAGCGAAUCAUGUCGUCUGUGGUUUUCUUCUGGACUUCUUUGUAAACAAGAGAACGAGUUAAAUCUAUCUAAACAAAGUCAUUUUAAGGUUACUUGUAGAAUCAAUUGUUAUUAUCACAGUGAGCCAAUUGAUCCUACGGGUAUCAUAAAAAAGUUGGGGGUCCAUGUAGAUUGCAUUUGUUGUCCUCAUAAAUCUUCUGUCGCUAAUUCCCUGCCUUUACUACCUCUAUUCCCCACUACUUGCAAUGAAGGAGAUUUAGGGCAUGCAAAUGCAAUGGAAGCAACAAUACUACUAGGUUUGAAUAUGGUUUGAAGGGAUUUCAUGGUGAUUUGAAUAUGUCAUUAUCGGUCCUUAUUGACCUCGAGGUCCUCCCUUUAAUAUGGAUCAUGAGGCUUUCAAAAUUGUAAGUGAUUUGGGGCAUUUGAAGGACUUUUGCAAUGAUGCAAUGAUGCGUAUGAUUUGAGUUUGUCACUAAAUGACUCAUAUGUAAGGG